CAAAGACUGCAGUUAGUCAAGGUCUUCUCCCAGACCAGUCGGGGAGUUCUGCUCCUGUGCUUUGAAAUCGGAACUAUCUGUAAAGAAUAGAGAGAUUUACAAACUUACCUUGGAAACAUGGAACUGCGAAUUGAACGUAUUCCUACGGGAGAAAUCAUCCGCGUGGUUAGUCGCAAUGGAGAACACAAGACUGGAGCGGGGACUAACGGUAUUCGGCUGACCAUGGAGAGUGCUCUGACGGCCCGCGACCGUGUCGGGGUGCAGGAUUUUGUCCUGCUUGAGAACUUCACCAGUGAAGCAGCGUUCAUUGAAAACCUGCGUAAGCGCUUCAAGGAGAACCUGAUCUAUACAUACAUUGGCUCAGUUCUGGUGUCUGUUAAUCCAUACAAGGAACUGGAAAUCUACACUAAACAGAACAUGGAGCGAUACCGUGGUGUCAGCUUCUAUGAAGUUUCUCCUCACCUCUACGCCAUUGCAGACAACUCGUACCGCUCCCUGCGCACGGAGAGGAAGGAUCAGUGUAUUCUCAUCUCUGGGGAGAGCGGGGCUGGCAAAACGGAAGCCACCAAGAAGAUCCUGCAGUACUACGCCGUGACCUGCCCGGCCAGUCAGCAGGUCGAAACCGUGAAGGACCGUCUGUUACAAUCCAAUCCUGUCCUGGAGGCCUUUGGAAAUGCAAAAACCCUUCGGAAUGACAACUCCAGCCGAUUUGGGAAAUACAUGGAUGUGCAGUUUGAUUACAGGGGGGCUCCUGUGGGGGGCCACAUCUUGAACUACCUCCUGGAGAAAUCCCGAGUUGUGCACCAGAACCACGGCGAGAGGAACUUCCACAUUUUCUACCAGCUGCUAGAAGGAGGGGAAGAGGACUUACUGCGAAGGCUGGGCCUCGAAAAGAGCCCGCAACAGUAUCACUAUUUAGUAAAGGGUCACUGUGCAAGGGUCAGCUCCAUAAAUGAUAAAAACGAUUGGAAGAUUGUGCGAAGAGCCCUGUCCAUUAUAAGCUUCAAUGACAACGAGGUGGAGGAUUUGCUGAGCAUUGUGGCUAGUGUCCUGCAUCUGGGCAACGUGCAGUUUGCUGCUGAUGAGCAAGGAAAUGCUCAGGUCACCACAGAGAAUCAGAUUAAAUACCUGGCUAGGCUUCUAGCAGUUGAGGGCUCUGUUCUUCGAGAUGCGCUGAUCCACAAGAAGAUCAUAGCAAAAGGGGAAGAGCUAAUCAGUCCCCUGAACCUGGAGCAGGCAGCCUACGCGAGGGAUGCGCUUGCUAAGGCGAUAUACGGACGCACUUUCUCCUGGCUGGUCAACAAAGUUAAUAAGUCUCUUGCCUACAAGGAAGGAGAAUUUCCAGGCUGGAGAAGUACAACAGUUCUAGGAUUGCUUGAUAUCUAUGGAUUUGAGGUUUUCCAGCACAACAGCUUUGAGCAAUUUUGUAUUAAUUAUUGUAAUGAAAAAUUGCAGCAGCUCUUCAUAGAGCUCACGUUAAAGUCAGAACAAGAGGAAUACGAGUCGGAAGGCAUAGCGUGGGAACCAGUUCAGUAUUUCAAUAACAAAAUAAUUUGUGAUUUGGUGGAAGAGAAAUUCAAAGGUAUCAUUUCUAUUCUGGAUGAAGAAUGUCUGAGACCUGGGGAUGCCACAGAUACAACGUUCUUGGAGAAACUGGAGGAAACUGUGAAGAACCACCCUCAUUUUCUCACGCACAAGCUCGCUGACCAAAAGACUCGCAAAUCACUGGGGCGGGAGGAGUUCCGGCUUUCGCACUACGCUGGAGAUGUCACCUACAGCGUUGCAGGUUUUCUAGAUAAAAACAAUGACCUUCUCUUUCGGAACCUGAAGGAGACCAUGUGCAACUCUGAGAAUCCUAUCAUAAAUCAGUGUUUUGACAGGACGGAGCUGACAGACAAAAAGAGACCUGAAACGGCAGCAACUCAGUUUAAAAACAGCCUCUCCAAACUCAUGGAAAUUCUGAUGUCCAAAGAACCCUCCUACAUUCGUUGCAUGAAACCAAACGAUGCUAAACAGGCUGAUCGAUUUGAUGAAGUUCUAAUCCGACAUCAAGUGAAAUACCUAGGGUUGAUGGAGAACCUCCGGGUGCGCAGAGCUGGGUUUGCCUAUCGAAGAAAAUACGAAGUUUUCCUGCAGAGGUACAAAUCACUUUGUCCAGAAACGUGGCCUACGUGGGAUGGACGGCCCCACGACGGGGUGGCCGUGCUGGUGAAGCAUCUUGGCUACAAACAGGAAGAAUACAAAAUGGGACGAACAAAGAUUUUUAUCCGCUUUCCCAAGACCUUGUUUGCAACGGAAGAUGCUCUGGAAGUGAGGAAGCAGAGUCUGGCAACCAAAAUGCAGGCCACGUGGAGAGGUUUCUACCGUCGAAAGAAAUUCCUGCACAUGAAACACUCAGCAAUAGCAAUCCAGUCCUGGUGGCGGGGAACCUUGGGACGCCGAAAAGCUGCCAAGAAGAAGUGGGCAGUAGAGACUAUCAGAAGGUUUAUUAAAGGUUUUAUUUACCGGAACCACCCUCGCUGCCCAGAGAAUGAGUAUUUCCUUGAUUACAUCCGCUUCUCCUUCCUGAUGAACCUCAAGCGUAAUUUACCAAAAAAUGUUUUGGACAAAUCGUGGCCAACUCCUCCUCCCUCGCUCUGUGAGGCGUCCCAGCUCCUGCGCCAGCUCUGUAUGCAGAACAUGGUCUGGACCUACUGCAAGAGAAUCAGCCCCGAGUGGAAGCAGCAGUUGGAACAAAAAGUAAUCGCCAGUGAGAUUUUUAAGGGUAAAAAAGACAAUUACCCUCAGAGUGUUCCGAGACUCUUCAUCAACACUCGACUUGGUAAUGAAGAAAUAAACGCUAAAGUCCUUCAGGCUUUAGAAAAUGAAGCAAUUAAGUAUGCAGUUCCUGUGAUCAAGUACGACCGGAAAGGAUACAAAGCAAGAGCGCGGCAGCUGCUGCUUACCCAGAGCGCAGUCGUCAUAGUCGAAGAAUCCAAAAUCAAACAGCGGAUCGACUACGCCAAUCUGACAGGCAUCUCCGUCAGCAGCCUGAGCGAUAACUUGUUUGUGCUGCACGUGCACUGUGAGGAUAACAAACAGAAGGGAGAUGUCGUACUUCAGAGCGACCACGUGAUCGAGACGCUAACAAAAACAGCCAUGCAGGCAGGCAAAGUCAACAACGUCAACAUCAACCAGGGCAGCAUAAAAUUUACAGUCGGGCAAGGCAAAGAAGGCAUAAUUGACUUUAUAUCGGGAUCAGAACUGCUUAUAGCCAAAGCCAAGAAUGGCCAUCUAACAGUGGUUGCUCCUCGUUUGAAUUCUCGAUGAUAAAAGGUGCCACCGCGCCAGGACCUUUUCCUCCAUCAGCCUGACUGCACCCUAUACAAUCGGCUGGACAUUUUUCCCAGCAAAAUCCCCCCCUCCUUCCUCGCUUCGCUCAUUCUGUUUAUCGUUACCAAAGACCUGCACUUUCAGAAAAAAAAAAAAACCAACAAAAAACACAAAAUACAUCUUGCUUUCUUGUCUUAAUACGAAAAGUUCCAAAAGAAAGGCCUUCUCUUCCUUACCUUAGUGGCAAACGCACGGGUCCAAGGCGAUGGCCGUGAAAGCGUGGCUCAUGAAACGCGUUCAGCUGGGCUUUGAGGGAGAGGCAGCUCUGACUCUUAUCAGAGUUUAAGCCCUGAUGGAAACGACCAAAAUUUGUGCUUGUCGUCAUCAAAAAGCACAACUAGGAAACAAAUAACUCUGCUGCUUUGUCAGCCAAAUCAACGACAUGCCAAACUUUAUAUUCCAAAAGAAUGUUUUAUGAAGAAUUUUGCUCUGAGACGUUUUGAUGCUUUGUGUUACAAUAUAUUAAAGCCAUAUUGUGUAAAUGAGUAAAACCCUGUAAAUACUUUAUAGCCGAGUAUGAGAUGCACUACGAGAAAGGGAGUUGAUGUGGAAACUCUUUAUGUUUUAGAUUUGAAAUUUUUGUUGGUUUUAGUUUAUUGAUUAUAAGGUAUUAACCUGAGAAACCCAUCACGUAACUUCUUCACUCAUCUGGAGCGAGAGACUCUUACCUUUUUUUGAAGUCACUUGUCCCAUUUGUUGCUCUAUAGUAAUAUUUUUAUACCGUAGUAACUUUUUUCAUAUCCUCACAUCCAAACAAAAAUGUUAAGUAAUAGAAACUGCAGAGGUCACCACUUCUCCGCGCUGCUCUAGGCUGGAAAUGAAACGUGAGCUUUCCCCCCCCACAGUUCAUCAGGCUCAGAGCAGCACCUUCAGAAAAAGUUGCUUUUCCUCAUUUUUAGCGAUAACUGGAAGUUUGAGUUCCCACGAUAAAGCUCCACAAUGUUUCUAUAAACGCCUCUCAGUACUGCCUUAAGAGGAAGAGAUGGCUGGUUCAGCACUGCUGGCAUUACUGACCAUCUGCCCACAGCGCCUUCGCAUGGAAGCGUCUUCCCAAGCGAGCUGUGUCACUCCACUGCUAACCCAAAGCUAAAGGGACGUGCGUCUCGGACGCUAACUGGGCUCAGCCUGCAUCACCGGGGUUAAUACUAAGCACCUUUAUUUAACAAAGAACCCAAAUGGCUACAGGGUGGACAGCUGCGUGUCAAAUACCUGCUGACUGCAAACCACAGCUCCAGCUUCCAUUUCCAAGUUCUAGACCUCAACCAGUGCAUUUUGCACCCGACUUGCCUUAGAAGUCCUUCACCUUCCACCUCUAUCCCGAUGCAGUAGCAACAACAGUUACAGCAAGCCCCAAAUAAAAUAUAACCAAACACGUUGCCACUCACGUACGAUGGGCUCGGUCUCCUACUCUUUGGUUUCUGACGUGACGCAGUCGUCAAACACUGCCCCAGGCCUGGAAUGCUGUAUACACGUAGUGCAUAUACGCCAUCCCUCUGUAUGUGCUCCGCUGUAUACACUGAUCAACGCUCUAUACGCUAUUAUAUAACCUCUUCAAGACUACGCUAAAUAAAUUUUUACAAAAAAAAAAAAACCACAAAACACUUUGUCUUUGUUGUAUAAACUCUUUUAACACUUAAUGUUUUUGAUAGGGAGGGUACCUGAAUCUUUGGUUCUCGGGCCCAUCUACUGCAAGGAGCAGAUUAUUGCUAGAGAUUCCCAGGCCAUCGGCUAAGCCGGGCGGACGCGUUAAGAUUAAGGUGUUUCCCUUCUCUCCAUCCGCGGAACUGGGCUGGCUGAGGAGCGCUGUGAGGGCAAGUGAGAGGAAUGCACCGACCAGCUGAGGGCUUUUUGUGCCUUCAGGAAGGGAAAGAGGGACACAUGGUGUGGAAGAGCUUCCGACUCCUGCGCCGGAGGCCAGGCUCGCAGCCGGACUACUUACGGCUAAGACUGGGAUCUUACUUUAGCUCAUAUCUGAAGAGCAAUGCUGUUCCUUCUCUUUUUGUCUCCCCCUCCAAGUGUUCCUAUUACAAGCAACAAAGCAGAGUUAUUCUUGCCGAAACAACUAAAAUAUAAAAGAAAGUCGUGGUAAUAUUUGGCAUUUUUAAUUUAGGUUUGUUUUAUUUAAGUUUAAUGUUAAUUCCAUGCUGUGUUUCAGUAAGAACAAUACAGAUUCUGUAUCUGUGGCUCCAGUCAGAUAUCCAGUAGUACAAAUUAGCUUCAAGUUACACAUACUGAACAAAAGAGGUUGAGCGAGCGAAGGGAGAUGGGGAACGGGGAGGGAGAAAGAAAAAAUAUUGAACACGCAUGCAGGCUUAUCAAUGCCACCUUCAAUGCUAACCUGCUUUGAGGAAAAGUAAAGAAUAGGCAAGAAUGAGCAGCCACGGAUUGUUGAACUGUUACCAGCACCAUGAUUUUCAGCAACAUUUCAGCAGUUUGGAAACUUUUGUUUUUAUACAGUAAAACCACUACAAUAUAUGUCCCAAUGCAACCUGUAACUUCAAGCUAAACACCUAAUUAAGUUUAAACAUUGGUAUAAAAUUCAGUUUAAACAGUUAUAAAAAAAGAAAAAUGCCACCACGUGCGCACUACCUUGCCAUAACGAAUCUCACCCCUACAAGUCUAAUGGCCUUCAGGUGUAACAUCCACGGCUGAUGGCAAUCACCACAUCUGGCAGGAGACAAUACAGUAAUGCUGAAAGAGCCUUUACGCAGUCCUGUUAGUGUCUUAAAGAACCUAAAAGCUGGCACCAGUAAAAUCCACAGAAAUUCACUCUUGCCUUUUAAGAACUUUUAAACUGUGUAAAAAAAAAAAAAAAUAAAAA